AUGCGGUCGCCUUUCCUUGGCGCUCUACGGCAGCGCACCGUCGGGCUGCCAGGCCCUGGAGCACUAGGCUGGGGCUGCCGGGACUCCCGGACCGGCGCGCUGAGGCGGGCUAGUCCUAGGAUCCGACCUCAGCAGCCUCGGGACAGAGUCGCGGGGGAGGCGGGACGGUACGGUGGCGCCCUCUGGCUGCGCGCCGGGGACGCCCGGAUUUGUUUCUGCGAGAAAGGAGGCGCCGCUCCAGUCGGCCUGCCUGCCCUAGGCUCCCCUACCCCGGGGGCUCCCCUAUCUCCGGGGCUCCCCUAUCCCGGGGGGCUCCUCUAUCCCGGGGGCUCCCCUACCCCGGGGGCUCCCCUAUCCCGGGGGCUCCCCAGCCCGGGGGCUCCCCUAUCUCCGGGGCUCCCCUAUCCCGGGGGCUCCCCUAUCUCCGGGGCUCCCCUAUCCCGGGGGCUCCCCAGCCUGGGGGCUCCUCUACCCCGGGGGCUCCCCUCUCCCGGGGGCUCCCCCAGCCUAGGCCGCGGGACGUUGCCGGCGUCGCAGAGCCGCAGUGACGGGGCCGGCGUGGGGGGCACGGCGCCAGGGGCUCGCUCCUGCUCCCGCCCCGCCUCCAGCGUCCGGCAUCGGCUUUAG